AUAUGUGUGUUCCUUCUUUGUAUGUGCAUCAGAGCUUCGUCGUAGGUUCAAUAUUUUCUCUGGCUUUUGGGAAGAAAAGAGUGUUUGUUUGCCGAGAAUCUCAACAAUAUGAAGCAAAAGAUAGUUAUGCAAGUGUGCAUGAAAUGCGAGAAAUGUCGGAGGAAGGCACUCCAGGUUGCGGCGAAAGCAGAAGGUGUAAGCUUUGUGGGGAUUGAAGGGAACGAGAAGAAUAAAGUGGUGGUGAUCGGAGAAGGAGUUGACCCCGUCGAAUUGACUAAGGGCCUGAGGAAGAAGGUGGGACAUGCGGACAUUACCAGUGUCACUGAGGUCAAGCCAGAAAAAAAAUAAAAAACCCAUACUCCUGUAAACUUCAAAAACUCUCCUUUUGUGUGUGUAUGUGUGUGAGAAGGAGGGAGAGUGACUUCAAAAACUCUCCUUUUUGUGUGUAUGUGUGUGAGAAGGAGGGAGAGUGUGUGUGUGAGAGAGAGAGAGGGGGGAGAUGACAGUUUGGAAUGUUGAGGCUGUUGUAAUUUGGUGAAAAAGUGUGAGAUCUAUUGUAUUCGGUGACAAUAAGAAGAAUUGCAUGAGACACAAAAUAUAAUAAUAUUGCAGACUUUAUUAU